AUGAAAUUCUUCUUCUACUUCUUCUUCAUUUUCUUCUUCUCCUCCUCCUGCUCCUCUUUUUCUUCCUCCUCUCCUUCUCUUCUUCUUCUUGCUUUUCUUCUUUCUCUUCUUCAUCAUCAUCUUCUUCUUCGUUUUCUUCUUCUAAUUCCUCCUCUUCUUCCUCUUCUUCGUCAUCAUCUUCUUCUUCGUCGUCUUCCUCCCCCUUCUUCUCUUUUCUUCCUCUUCAUUUUCUUCUUCGUCUUCCUCCUCCCAUCUUCUUCUUCCUCCUCCUCCUCCUCCUCCUCUUCUUCCUCCUCUUCUUCCUCCUCCUCCCCAUCUUCUUAUUCCUCCCUUUCUUCUUCUUCCAACCAUUUACUGAAGUUCAUUAUUCGCUGCUUUCCUCCCCCUUCUUGGUUAUCUAAUCUAUUUAUUAAUUUAUUCCUCUUUCCUUUCUUCUUUUCUUCCUUUUUUCUUCCUGUGUAUUCUCCUAACUUAAUUCGUUUUUUUUUCUUCUAUUUUCAUUGCUUCUUUCCUUCUGCCUUAUCUCUUUCGUUAUUUUCCCUUUUGAACAUCUUUCCUUCAUUCAAUUCUUUAUAUUUUCUUACUUUCAUUCUUACGUCAUUUUCCUUGUCAAUACUUUUCCUUUAUUCAUUACAUCUUUUCUCUUUUCCUACAAUUUUAUUUUCUUUUUCACCUCUCGUUUUACAUUCUCUUUUCUUUAUAUUGCUUUUUAUUACGUCUUUUCUCUGUUCAUUCUAUUCGCCUUUUUCUUUCUUUCUUACUUUUCUCAUUCUUCUUCACUUUUAUCUUUGUCUUUCCUUCAUCCUUUUCUUAUUUUUCCUUCUCUUCUUCUUUACAUCUUUUUGCUCUUCCUUCCAUUUUCUUUUCCAUCUUUUUUUAUCUUUCCUUCUCUUCUUCACACGUAUUCUCUAUUUCUUUCUUCCUUUUCAUUAUCUUUCAUUCGGAUUGCUUUACAAUAUGUUCUCUAUUCCUUCCCUUUUCUUUCUUUUUUCUUGUAUGCAUUUUGUUAUCUUUCCUUCUCUUCUAACUCCCUUCUUUUAUCCUUUCUUUCUUUCUUUCUUUCUUUCUUUCUUUCUUUCUUUCUUUCUUUCCAGAAAUUUAUUUUCUACUUUCUUUGGUUUAGAUUUCAAAAUUCUUGCCUUCUUUCUCUAUUUUAUUUCUUCAUUCUCUUUUCUCGUCAUUUCCCUUCAAUUUGGCCAUAUUUUAUUUUCUCCGUUUAUUUUCCAAUUCCGUUUUCUUUCAUGUUUUAAAAGGUUUUUUGACCUCAACAUUUUUUUCUAUCUUUCAAGGAUUGUCUUUUCACUUGUAAGGCUCUCCUCGGCAAAUCACUGUUUCUUUUCCAAACUUCAGAUAGUUCCACAAUUUCUUCCCGUCUUUCUUUCUUUCUUCCUUUCUUUCUUUCUUUUCUUUCUUUUUUCUUUCUUUCUUUCUUUCUUUCUUCACAUCUGUUAUCUAUUUCUUUCUUUCUUUUCGUUAUCUUUCAUUCUCAUUGCUUUACAUCUUUUCUCUGUUCCUUCCCUUUUUCGUUCUUUUUUCUUGUAUAUAUUUCCUUAUCUUUCCCCCUCUUCUAACUCCUUUCUUCCCUUCUUUCUUUUUUCCCUUCUUUCUUUCUUCCUUUCUUUCUUUCUUUCUUUCUUUCUUUCUUUCUUUCUUUCUUUCUUCACAUCUGUUAUCUAUUUCUUUCUUUCUUUUCGUUAUCUUUCAUUCUCAUUGCUUUACAUCUUUUCUCUGUUCCUUCCCUUUUUCGUUCUUUUUUCUUGUAUAUAUUUCCUUAUCUUUCCCCCUCUUCUAACUCCUUUCUUCCCUUCUUUCUUUUUUCCCUUCUUUCUUUCUUCCUUUCUUUCUUUCUUUCUUUCUUUCUUUCUUUCCAGAAAUUUAUUUUCUACUUUCUUUGGUUUGGAUUUCAAAAUUCUUGCCUUCUUUCUCUAUUUUAUUUCUUCAUUCUCUUUUCUCAUCAUUUCCCUUCAAUUUGGCCAUAUUUUAUUUUCUCCGUUUAUUUUCCAUUCCGUUUUCUUUCAUUUUUUUAAAAGGUUUUUUGACCUCGACAUUUUUUCUAUCUUUCAAGGAUUGUCUUUUCUCUUGUAA